AUGGACGUGAACAUUGGCGAUCUGAACUCACCCCAUUCGAUGGGAACCACCAUCAUAGGUGUCACUUACAACGGCGGCGUCGUCCUCGGCGCCGAUUCCCGUACCAGCACCGGAAUGUAUGUUGCGAAUAGGGCAUCGGACAAGAUCACCCAGUUGACCGAUAAUGUCUACUUGUGUCGCUCUGGAUCGGCAGCAGAUUCACAAAUUGUUUCCGAUUAUGUGCGAUACUUUCUCCAUCAACAUACACAAGAUGGUCCUUGUGCGAUUCUUUUCUUGGCUGAGAACUAG